ACGCCGGAAGGGCUCCACGGACACUCUCCCUUCAGCGGAAGGACCCGCUAAGAAGCGUAGGGCUCAACGCAUGGGGACCUAUGCCGAGGCGGUGGACCCUUUAACAAGGGUUAUCAUCCCCGAAGGUUAUCCCGAGGAAGAAAUCACUGCUGAGCGGCUGGUUCUCUUGAAGCUGGCCGUCAGCAGGGCAAUCAGUGGGAUCCGGGAAGGACCCAUUUCAUGCUUCCGUCGUACCUUCCUUAGGGGAGGGGCCGCGGUAGUCUUAGGCAGGGAUGAGGCGUCCCUAAUCUGGCUCGCUGAGCAGAUGGGGAGCAUCUCUCCCUGGGAAAACACCAAGCUCAAGGUAGUAGGCCCGGAGGUGCUUCAAAGACAGCACAAGGCCGUGGUCUGGGUCCCGGGGGCUUCCAAUGAACCGGCCGCGGUCCUGGAGCGGCUGGAGAGGCAGAAUCCUGGGCUCAGCACCGGGAGCUGGAAGAUUAUGGCUGAGAACGUAGGGGCUACCAGGGAUGAUAGGAACCUGGUUCUCAGGAUUCCAGAGUCCAGCGUCCUCAAGCUGAAGGCGCUGGACUUCAAGCCCUACCUCGGGCUCGACCAAGUCACCUUCAAGGUGAGCGGGGCCCAAGGUGAGGAUAGGGAGGGCGAGAAGGGGCCCCUUAUGGACGAAUCGUAAAGUUCGAUCGUUCCGAGGUGACUUUUAAGCAGAUCAACUUGCACCACAGCAAAGAGGCCUUGGCGAUUCUGUCGAGGAAACAGGCUGCGGUGCACAGAGCCAUUUCACUGAUACAAGAGCUUUGGCUCCCCGGGGCCGUAUCAGUGGCGUGGCAGCAUGCGGGAGGUUAUUUAAGCCUCCAACAGCCAAAAAGCUCAGAGCCUGCGUAGCGGUGAAGGGCGUUGAUGCUCGACUAAUCCCGCAUUUAUUUUCCAGAGAUGUGGUAGCGGUCGAGCUUGAUGUUGCCGAUUCCUUAGAAAGCAGGAGGCGGGUGGUGGUGUGCUCCGCGUAUUUUUCCCAUGACGAGGGGGCUCCGCCGCCGCCGGAACCGGUGACCAGACUGGUAGAGUACUGCCAGAGUGAGCGGCUUCCCCUGAUAGUGGGGUGCGAUGCUAACUCGCACCACGCGGUUUGGGGUAGCACGGAUACCAACGAUAGAGGUAGGAGGCUGUUGGAAUUUCUAGCAUCGACGGACCUGGAGAUUCUCAACAGAGAUGUAUAACGAGGGACGUGGUCGGAUGGAAGGUCUCGCGCGAACCUUCACUGUCAGACCAUAGGCAAAUCACCUUCAAGCUGGCUUGGGCCAGAGGUGAGGUGACGACGUUCAGGGACCUCAGAAGGACCGAUUGGGACUCCUAUCGGGUGGACUUGAAAUGCUAUCUUGAGGGCUUCUCUAGGAGGCACGGGACCGAGGAGGAACUGGAGCUCUGAGUGGAUCAUCUGCAGAGGGCUCUGGUGAAGAGCUACGAAAGGAACUGUCCAGAGAGGGCGGUUAAGAAUUCCAGGGGCAACUCCUGGUGGAGUCCCAAGCUGCAGGAGUUCAGAAGUGCAGCUCGGAGGGCCUGGAAUAGGGCCAGGAAUAC